AUGGGCAGCAUCGAGAAUAUUCCAGAAAUAGCACCCGAUGCUAUCCCUACUGUGGACAUCAGCCCCUUUACAGACCCAAAUGCAUCUGAGGAGGCCAAGAACGGUGUCGUCGACGCCAUACGCCACGCUUGCACCAAGUACGGUUUCUUUUACCUCACCGGUCAUGGCGUGAGUGAAGAAAAGCGCAACAGUAUCCUCAAGUGUUCCAGGAGGUUCUUCGAACUCUCCAUGGAGGAGCGCAUGGAUGUUUGGAUCGGCAAGUCGAUGGGCAAAUCAUUCCGCGGCUAUGAGCCCCCUGGAAUUCAAACCCACCAGGAAGGUCUCCUACCAGAUACCAAAGAGUGCUUCGCAAUCGGCCACGAGGUCCCUGCUGACCACCCAGAUGCUGGCACUUUCUCAACUGGCCCCAACUUGUGGCCCAAGAACCUCAAAGAUGAAGAAUUUCGAACUCCGGUCAUGGAGUACCAAGCCACUAUGCUUGCGCUCUCGAAAGUGCUCCUCAAGCUCCUUUCCCGCGGUCUUCCAAAGGCCUGGGGGCAUCCUCCUGACGUAAUGGAUGAUCUUGCCGUCAACCCAUCUAUGCCCAUGAGAUUGCUGCACUACGGUCCCCAAGAAGUCCUCGACGAGCGACAGUUUGGCGUGGGUGACCACACCGACUUCGGCUGCGUCACUAUUCUCCUCCAAGAGAUGAACACGAAGGGCUUGGAGGUAUGGUACCCGCCGACGGAGACGUGGAUCCCGGUGCCGCCCAAGGAAAAUUCGUACGUGAUAAACAUGGGCGACAUGAUGCAGAAGUGGACUGCAGGCUACUAUCGCAGCGCACGCCACCGUGUCAUUACCUCCGGCACCAAUCACAGGUACUCCGUCCCUUGGUUUCUUAACGGCCAGCUCAAGCUCAAGUGUAAGGCCCUCGACGGGUCUGGCGUCGAGACUAUUGUUGGAGAGCAUAUACGCCAACGCCUUAUCGCUACUAUGGGCAAGACCGGCAAAGCCCUAGAGUAG